AUGAGGAGCCGAAACGACGAGGUUGGGUCAGCUCGGUUCCAAUGUGAAGAUCGGGUAGGAGCUCAGUAUCCGGCUCACCAGCAUAUCUUAACAGUCAACAAAAUAAAUACAAGAAAACAGAACAAGGCCUCCUUAACUAUUUUGCGCUCUAAUGCUUCCAGGCCAGCUGUAGCAUGUUGUUUAUCUCAAUCUCCAAUCCUCCAACCCUACAAUCCUCCAAAUUCAAAUAUAAAUGGAAUUAUCCCUCCUAUGAAUAUCCUUCCAUCCUCCAACCCCCACUAUCAUUUCAAGAUACAUUACCCCCAUCCAAUCCAUCUUCCACCCUUCUCCCAAGAUCCAAGCAAUCCCCUGCCCUUCUCCCAAGAUCCAAUCCAUCCCACACCCUUCUCCCAAGAUCCAAGCAAUCCCCUACCCUUCUCCCAAGAUCCAACCCAUCCCCCAGCCUCCUCCCAAGAUCCAAUACAUCCCCCACCCUUCUCCCAAGAUCCAAUCCAUUCCUACCACCCUUCUCCCAAGAUCCAAUACAUCCCCCACCCUUCUCCCAAGAUCCAAUCCAUUCCUACCACCCUCCUCCCAAGAUCCAAUAGAUCCCCCACCCUUCUCCCAAGAUCCAAUCCAUUCCUACCACCCUCCUCCCAAGAUCCAAUUCCUCCCCCUCCCCACAAAAUCCAAUCCGUCCUUCAUCCUUCUGCCAAGAUCCAAUGCAUUCUCCACCUUUCUCCCAAGAUCCAAUCCCUCCACUUCCUUCAAUUCUAG